AUGACUAUUAAAGUUGCAUUCUUAGGCCCUGAAGGUACUUAUACCCAUAAAGCUGUUUUACAACAAUUUAGAAAUGAUUCACUGAAUCAAAUUGAAAUAUAUCCAAAGAAGUUAAUAGAUGAUUGCUUCACUUCUAUAGAUUCUCGAGAAGUGGAUUAUGCUGUGGUACCAGUAGAAAAUUCAACCAAUGGUCAAGUUGUAUUCACAUAUGAUUUAUUAAGAGAUUGGUUCAUACCGACUUCCACAACCUCUAAUACUAGCGAAAUGCCAACCCCACCAAACUCAGCAGGCAGUGGUAUAUCGUCUCAACCUCCUAAAUUCAAGAUAGUGGCUGAACAAUUCGUAUCAAUCCAACAUAAUUUCCUUACUAAUGCUAAAGAUUUAUCUAAAAUCAAAACCAUAUAUUCUCAUCCUCAAGUUUGGACGCAAGUUAGUCAAUUUUUCAAAUCAAAUAAAUUGGAUUUCUCGAAAGUUGCCAAAGUUGAUGCUACAUCGACUUCAAAAGCAGCUGAAUUUGUGUAUCAUGAUAAGUCUAAUACAACUGCAUGUAUUGCUUCUAAUAUGAGUGCCGAAUUAUAUAAUUUACCCAUUGUUUAUUCCAACAUUGAAGAUAAUUCCAAAAAUACAACUAGAUUCUUAGUGUUAGGAUACGAGCCAGCACCAGUAAUAUCAAGUCCUACCACUCCACCUAAACAAACUCCUGAUGUCACGUCGGUGAUAUUGACUUUAAAUCAUGAUGAUCCAGGUGCAUUAUGUGACGUGUUAGUUAAGUUUAAAAAUCAUAAUAUCAAUUUAUCAUCAAUCAGUUCAAGACCAUCUCAUUUAAAACAAUGGCAAUAUGUGUUCUUUAUAGAGAUGUUGGCUGAUUUAAAUAACAAUCUAGAAUUGAGCCAUGUGAUCGAUGACAUUUCUACAAGCUGUCAAACGUUGGUGGUGCUUGGAUCAUUUAAAAGAAGUUGGAGAUAUUAUUCUUAA